UCCUCCUCCUUCCAGCCAUGCGUCCUAAUUAAUGGGACACCCCCAGUCGCAAAAAGCCCCGCACUGGACUGCAACAUAGUCAAAGAGUGAAAGGGAAGAGGGCGAAAGUGCCACUGGAGAUAAUUGAUUACCUACCAAUCAAUGAUAACUUGUUAGUAAUCGUCAACUCUUUCGACCUCGCCAUUUUCAGGGAGGCAUCUCACUCCUGCGGACCCGCUGCUCCCGAGGAUCGACACUUUUUCAAGGCAUCCCAUUUUGGAAUAAGAUUUUCUUUUCUUCAUUCUCUCCUCUGUGUCUUUUUCCCCCCUCCUCCCAACUGUUAUGUGACUUUUUCUCCCCCUCAGCAGCAGCAUCGUUUUUUUUAUCCUCUUAAAAACAUUUCAACCCCUUUUUACAAACUCUGCGCACAAACCAAUGAUGACAUCCAAAGAAGUGGCCAAAUGUGACGCGGUGGAGAACAGGAGGCGAAGUCCGCUGGACCACUUGCCGCCUCCUGCCAACUCCAACAAGCCGCUGACCCCCUUCAGCAUCGAGGACAUCCUCAACAAGCCGUCCGUGAAGCGAAGUUACACGAUCUGCGGCACGGCUCAUCUCAUCUCGUCCUCUGAGAAGCACCGUCCGUCCAGCAUCCCUCUGUCCAGCCGGGCUCUCCUCAACCAGACCUCGCCGCUCUGCGCGCUGGAGGAGCUGGCCAGCAAGACCUUCAAGGGGCUGGAAGUGAGCGUGUUACAGGCUGCGGAAGGCCGGGACGGGAUGACUCUGUUCGGCCAGAGGAGCACCCCGAAGAAGCGUCGGAAGUCCCGGACGGCGUUCACCAAUCACCAAAUCUACGAGCUGGAGAAGCGCUUCCUGUACCAGAAGUACCUGUCCCCGGCGGACCGGGACCAGAUCGCGCAGCAGCUGGGCCUGACGAACGCGCAGGUCAUCACGUGGUUUCAAAACCGGAGGGCCAAGCUAAAGCGGGACCUGGAGGAGAUGAAGGCCGACGUGGAGUCGGCGAAGGCCAUCGGCCAGGUCCCCUUGGACAAGCUCGCCAAGCUGGCGGACCUGGAGAAAUGCGCCAACGGCACGCUGGGCCACCCGCGCGCCGAUUCCCCCGCGCGGGGCGGCCAGCAGGAGCUCGAGCUCGCUCAGAAACUGCGGAACUCGCCGCUGUCCCCCUUCUCAGACCACACAACUAGUAAAGAGUGCUCGGAGGACGAGGACGUGGAGAUUGAUGUGGAUGACUGA